AUGGCGCUGAGAAGUCCUUAUUCUAAGAAAAUGAAUUUGAAUGCUCACCAUAAACAAAGGAGCUUUGAAAGUGCAAACAAUAGCAGGUUUAACUUUCCUAACAGUCACGAUAUACCUAACAAUACUGGGGCUACAGUGAGUCUCAAAAUGGACAAGUUGGGAAAGAGUGCUGGAUUCAGGAGAAAUACCUUGGUUAGGUCUUGGCAACUGGCAGCCACACCUCUGGGGCAACCAGCCUCAGCUCCAUCUGUGUAUCUCGGCAGCACCCAACCCAGAAGACCCGUCAUUGCACAACCAGCUACUGGGGUCUGGGAAAACGAGCAGGCAGCACUGCAGCAGGACCAGGUUCAACAGGAUAAGAUCUGGAGAGAGUCUGUGGAGGCUGAACAGAGAGGAAGAAAAAUCUGGUACCAGAACUGGAGUUUCCUAAAGGACUAUGACCAAAUGGGUAAGAAAAAGGAGCAGAAGCCACUGCCAAACUAUAUGCCUGUGUUCUCAAGCAAAGUUCCCAACUCGACCAACCAGACUAUUGGCAGUCGAAUGAAUACUGAACUUGGCAGGGCUCUGGUAAACAUGGAUUACUUCUUCAGCAGUGGAGCACGAAAGAGGAAACUGGAGGGUGAGCUCCAGCUUUCCUAG